AUGCUGGCGUCGUCCUCGGUCUUCAACCCACUCACGAGCUUUCCGCUCACGCCGAGGAUGCCAUUGACGUCGAUCCAUAUUGAGACCGCGACGGUCUUUUCCUGGACCGGCUUUUUAUGCCCGACUGCGUGGAUCCAUGCGCAAGGUCGGCCCCUCCAUGCCUCGCUUUCGCGAGCGUUUGCCGAGCUUGACGCUGCGAUUGUGAACGUGCUCCUCGAUGCGCAGGCCUACGGCACGGUCUUCGUCCUCGCCGAAGACAACAGUGCGUACAUCGAAUACCUCUGCCGUACCUUCUUUCCUCGGUGCGCGGCGCUCUUCGAGUCGCCCGCCCUCCAGACGCGCAUCCAGCUGCUCUGCGCCGCGACCGACCCCAACACGCAAUGGUACAGCCAAAUGCUGCAUUCGAUCUGCACCACGUCGCCCGCCCUCCGCGGCGCAAGCGUUGUCCUCACCUGCUACGGCCCCGAUGCACUUCGCGCCGCGUGCAUGGAAAACGCAAAGCACUUGGUCAUUUUGCCAAAGACGAUCCGCAGCAACGUCGUGCAGCCGACGCCGGCCCAGGUUUUCGAGCAGCUCUGCCGUGUGCGCACGCACCUCGCGGCGACCGUGACGCACCACUCGGCCAUCGACGUCGUCGUAUAGAUUUGCGACGCGAUUAUUUAAGCCGCUGUAUAACUCCAUUCCAAAAUUCAUUCA